CUAGUAUUUCAUUGGUGAUGUUAUCCAAUAUUCAAUGGUUCAGAUUUUCUGUGUCACGCAAGGUGAAUAAAGAACUCCUACUAGUAAUAUAUCCAUUCCUCUUUUUCCUGGUGCGCAGAAUCCCGAGACAGGCUGUCAUGUUUCCGAAAGUGUUUCUUCUCAGAUCUCAACUCAGUUCCUACUGUUGACCACCGGAAACUUGAUCUACAUCCAAAGCCUUCAAACUCCUAACAGUUAACAGUUGCUUGUACUUCAGCAAUCUUCAUGGAAACUCCUUAUAGACAACCAAUCUCUCCAACCCAGACACGCCUUGGUUGGAUUGGAACUGGCAUCAUGGGCGCUCCCAUGGCCUCUCGGCUUAUCUCUGCGGGCUACUCUGUGAUCAUCUACACUCGCACUCAAUCGAAAGCCCUUUCACUCCAAUCCCUAGGUGCCCGUAUUGUCAAUUCUCCCCGAGAAGUUGCUCAACAUUCGGACGUUGUUUUCACCAUGGUUGGUAACUCCAAAGAUGUUCGAUCAGUUGUCCUUGAGUCCAAUGGCAUUCUGUCAGGUUUAAAUCCUGGAGGUGUCAUUGUUGACAUGACAAGCAGCCAUCCUGCUCUUGCGCGUGUAAUUUUCUCUGCUGCACGUGCAAAAGGUUGUUGGUCAGUUGAUGCGCCCGUAUCCGGGGCUGACGCUGGUGCAAGGGAAGGGACACUAGCAAUAUUUGCUGGUGGUGAUCCUGAUAUUGUGUCAUGGUUAAAACCACUGUUUGAUAUCAUGGGAAGAGUUACGUAUAUGGGUGAGGCAGGGUGCGGGCAGAGUUGCAAGCUAGCGAAUCAGAUUACAGGUAGUGCUGUUUUGGUGGGGUUGAGUGAAGGGUUAGUGUUUGCCGAGCGAGCCGGGUUGGAUUUGAAGCAGUUUCUGGAGGCAGUGAGAGGAGGGGCAGCAGGAUCAAAGCUGAUGGAGUUGUUCGGGGAGAAGAUGAUUGAGAGAGACUUUAGGCCUGGUGGAUUUGCUGAGUAUUUAGUGAAGGAUUUGGGGAUGGCAUUGGAUAUGUUAGAGGAGGGUACUGAAGAUGAGAGAGUCACCGCCUUGCCUGGGGCGGCAUUGACCAAGCAGUUGUUUGCUGGGAUGGUGGCUAACGGAGACGCCAAGCUUGGGCUUCAAGGUCUAAUAACUGUAAUAGAGAGGAUUAACGGCAAGUGAGGUGAGUCCUAUGUCUUCAUGGUUCCCCUUUAUUUGCAGUUAAACAGCCAAUUCGAAAAGGGAAGGGAUGUUAAUGAGUUUUAUCGUUGCUCCAUCCUAAACGUGUGGCCAGGACUAAUGUAGUAAUACUCCGGGGUCUCCCACUUUGUUUUUCUUUUCAGACUCCAUGUGAAUGUUGUAUAAGAGUAACAAUUUUGUUACUUGAUUCUGAUUGAUCAUGAAUUGAUGACCGCAUGAUUAGAGUGGCUUCA